AUGGCUAGCAAGCCAAGCAAGAUGCUCGAUGCCAAUCUGGGCCAUGAGGGACGGCCACGCUCGCCCUCGGCAUCGUCCGACACCGGCCUGCCGCCGUACGCCGACACAGCGUCCACGAUCCAAGACGACAUGAUACCCCCCGAGACGCUGCUCCUCGCGGGCACCACGAUCCACAGCACCGCCUCCAUCACAUCACCACCCCUCUACGAGCUCUCCCUCGCCCUCGGCCACCUCACGCCAUCGCACCAAAAGGUCGAGCUCUCGCGCCUCGACUACCAUGUCCGCCGCGCCGCUUCCUCGGACGACCGGGGCCCCGAGAUCGCGGCGCGCAAGAAGCACAUGUACAACCUGUCGCGGCCGACGGCAGUCAUGCAGUCCAACUUCCCCUUCUACCUCGAGUCCGUCCGGCGCAGCAACCUCAGCCACGUCGGCUUCAAGAAGCGCCACAAGAUGGCCGGCUCGACCGAGUACCGCGCCCUGCGUGUGACGCGGCCCAACGGGGUGGCGGGCGAGCUCAAGGGCGGCGACGUGCUCUUCUCGGUCAAGGCGACGGCGGCGGGCCGGUGGGAGUGGCGCGAGGGCGACAAGGGCGGGCCGCUGCUGGCGUACGACACGUACGAGGACGGCAUCGUGCGGCUGCAGAUUGUCGAGCCCAUGGCGCAGAGUCGCCGGGACGCGCUCGUGGGGACGUGGUGUCUGCGGGUUUGGUGGGACAUUGUGGCGAGCAAGGAGCCGCUGUUGACGUGGGAGCAGGUCAAACCCCUCUUCGAACCGGGAUUUCGGCAAUUCGACUGACGGUGCUGUGCUUGUGUAGGACCACAGGGAAAGAUGCCUACAGGUCAGCGUGUGAUGGCUAGACAUGCUUGAUUACCUAGGUACCUACCUAGGUAGUUGAGUUUGUUCUCCUGCAUUUUGUCCACUUGAUGAAGGGCCGAUAGAUGAUUUUUGGACAAAGGGUCGAGGCCGGGAGUUAGAAGGAGCAAAGUGCAUCAUUCAUCUUGCCAUUGCCUCGCGAUGCCCUCAAUGACGAUGAUGGUCCCUCGGGGUGCUACUGCCAGCAGCUUGACGAACGGCAGGCGCACCCAGAUCAGUCCCUUGCGGGGCAGGAGCCGAUGACGGUAGCCCCACAAAACGUCACUACCACGGAUUUUCACUCUUGCUCCCAUCGGGUUCGCUUCGCUUCGCUUCACUUCAGCUCGGCUUGCAUCAGACUCAUCUAUCUAUUGCCUCAAUCUUCAAUUCACUCACAAUUUUG